AUGGCCACUCGAGACAAACGAGACAGUGGCGGUCUCUUUGUAUCCGAGCGUCAACCAAUACGAAAUGGACCUUUAAAUUCUACCACGUCUAAUCACAGAUCCAAUCACAGAUCCAAGCCACGACGGCCACAUGCGCCUCCUCCUCCGCCACCGUCAUCAUCACAGUCUCAAUAUGAGUCCAACGAGAAGAAGAGGAGCAUAGCCGAGACGACGACACGUCCGUUAUCCGGAAACGAUACGCCUUAUUUUGUACGGACAGACAGUGCCCUAACCACACCUACCCUUUCAAACGGUAUGCUGGAUGCGAGUAAUAAUGGCUAUUCCUCCAUGAUCACACCAAUUGAAAUGACCAAAUCUUCCUCUCGGUCAAAACUUAUGCGCUCGGUCGGUGAAAGUUCCGAAGACAGCAUUGAUAAUGGCAGUUAUGUGACAGACAAGAUUCAGAAUGGACUGAAUGAAGGAAUCGGUUGGUUUCAUGCCAAGAUUAAAGUUGAAAACUCGAUUCACUGGGCCAACAAUUACAAGAUUCAGUGCUGUAUGUUCUUCAUUUUUAUCUGCGGAGCCGCGCUCACGGUCGCUUUUGCCGACAAUAAUGCUGAUGCUUCCGUGGGUCUCGUAGCUGGCAGUGUCAUUACGCUCUUUUGUUGUUCUGCGGUGGUGUACACGUUCCUGACGCGUCCGACGUGGCGUAAACAUCCCAAUCCUAUCAUUUUCUUUCGCAGUAUCUGCGAUAUCUGUCUCGUGGCAGUGUUACUUUUUACAGAGCUGUACAAGUGCGGCGGUGGAGAUUGCUUGAAUACACUGACAGGCGCGUCCUGUACGGCGACAGCUGCACUGACACAGUUUUUUCUCUGGACAUCAGAGAGUUGGUUUUUUGUCAUGGCGAUCGAUAUGUUGUCAUCGUUGCAGAGUCCGUUUACAGAUUACAAGAACAAUGUUCGCCGGUAUCAUGGCUUUGUAUGGGCGACAGGUUUUCUUACGUGUAUCUUACUGGUGUCUAUUCCGGACUUCGCUGGCGAGUCAGAGUUUGGAUAUUGCUGGACAGCAAGCAAAAGCAAACUGCGUCAAGAAGAAAAGAGUGAUAGCGGUAGCUCUCGCUCAAGUGAGACGGGCAAUCUUUGGAACCUCAACUUUCAGUCGUGGCUGCUUUUCUACAUCUGGCUCAUUAUGUACUGGGUCUAUGCCAUCACUGUUAUCUACUGGGCAUAUAGACGUCUUAACUCUGGUCUUUCGGAGACACUGCGCAUGCGCCUUCGCGUGCUGCACUCGGUCACGAUCUAUGUGAUCGCUAUUAUCAUUUACUGGGGACUUUCAUUUUGUAUUUACGUGCCAUUUUUGGUUCAAGGCAAUGAUCGGUCGAGUCGGGUGGAGCAGAUGAUGAACUUUAUGAUCACGUGCAAGGGUUACUUUGAUUUUGUCGUUUGGUUUCAGAUGAAUGAUUUUCAUGACGCUUUGAAGAAAGGCAAAGGAAAGAAAACCGAUGUCGAUGUGGAUGUUGAUCUGAGCCCUCAGGUGAAUCUUGCUUUGCGUUGCGAAGUGUUGUACUACACAACGACAGGCAUCAUUCAGGCUGUACGCGACACGCAGCACUUGCCACCUGGAGCCAACCAGCAAGAACUGUAUCUGCAGCCACAGGGCACAGAGGAUAACCGCGGAUCGCUCGGCGUUGAUGAGUAUAUGAUUCGCACAAGGCCGAAAGCUGCACUGGGGAAGGGCACGUUAUUUAUUGACUACUGCCCUCACACCUUCCAGACGAUUCGGGAACAUUUUGGGAUUGAUACGAAUCAGUAUAUCGAAAGUUUGAGUCGGACAACAAAAGAACGACUGAGUGAAGGUGCAAGUGGAGCUUUCAUGUUUUUUUCUCACGACCAGCAGUUGAUUGUCAAGAGUAUGAGUGACGAGGAAUCGGUUUUCCUUCGCUCGGUUGCUGCAGAGUACGCCUCAUUUUUGCUGACGAACCCAGAUAGUCUUUUGACGCGAUUUUACGGAUGCCACGCAAUUCGGCUCUACGGCAACACAUUUAAUUUCGUCGUUAUGGCCAAUUUGUUUAGCACGGAAAAGGUGAUUCAUCGUCGUUACGAUAUAAAGGGCUCUUGGGUAAACCGCAGUGCUAAACAUCCGUCUAAGGGCAAGCGUGUCACUUGUCGUCACUGCAACGCCAAAUAUGUUUUUGGCUCAACGGAUGCGGAAAAUUGUCGCGCACGAGUCGGUCGCCACGAGCCCAAUGUGAUUUUGAAAGACAAUGACUUGACAGCAAAGGUUCGCUUGGAUCCGGAGGUCGCCGAGGAAUUGUACGGUCAAUUGGUAAAAGAUGCGAACUUUUUGUCACGUUUGGGUAUAAUGGACUACUCGCUUUUGCUGGGUAUCCAUAACGUGGAGUACGUAGUAAAUCCUGAUCUAGAGGAAGAACCCAUGAUUCCGCCGAAGGAUGCAUUUGGACCAAGACUUCGUACCACGAACAACUCGUCGUUUCUUGGAUCAAAUGCUGCUCCUGUCAGGGAAUCGAAGCCUGGUCUUCCACGAGUUGCCACUGGAACACGUCGAGCAAACACUGUGGUUGGUCCAUCCAUCUACUACUUUGGGCUCAUUGACAUCCUGCAGACGUGGAACAUGGACAAGAAGUUGGAGCGUUUUGCAAAGACAAAGUUGCUUGCAAAGGACCCGGAUGGUCUGUCAGCUCUUCCUGCUGCUGCGUACUGUGACCGAUUCAAGCGCAAGAUGGGUGAGAUCCUGUCUGUAACAACUCGCGACGAAUACACGGAAUUUUACGUGGGUGAGCGGAGAGGGAGCAAUAGCGGCACGAUGGACGCUGAUCCUAACCGGCGUUUUUUUUAA